AUGGCCCGCCCAGAAACCCUUUCUGUCAUUCAUCCUGAAGAUGCGCAGUUGAUUGCUCAACUUGCGUCGCUUCAAGAAAUGCAUGAUCAGAUCUAUCAUCUCCGAACUCUUCCGCAAGCCCUGGUCAAUCCUGUUUGUGAAAUGCUGCGCACACAGACUCUGACCUCCAUUGGGACAGACGCGCCCUCCAAACUCUACUCAAGAAUUCAAAAAAUAGCUAUUGAAGGCCUAAAGGAUGUUGAAAGCUUCAAGCAGAGUUGGACUAGCGACGAAUCCCAGCAAGUCUGGAAGCGCAGAUUGAACGAACCCUUCCCGCAGGGUUCGGACGUUUGGAGAGUCGACUACAUUUCACUGCUCAACGAGAGCAAAGCUCAGGAGCAACAACGGACCUUGGAGGAAGUAAUACCUGCCACAGACUCGCGCGAUCUAACGGACAUAGUACGUGAUGUCGGCCAGAAGCACCAGUCAAUGAAGUUAGAACCCCAAGAGACCGCACAAUUGUUCCCGCUCAACAUCAGAAUAGCUGGGAUGAAGUUCCAAGUCCUUUCUUAUGCCCAUGAUAACAAGAAUUAUCAAGUGCGGUACAAAGAGGCAUCUAGGGCUUCCGAGCUGCAAGAUGGAAUAUUGAGACACCUGAAUUCAAGACGAGUCAAAGGGAAUCUUGAGUAUUUGUUGAAUAUGAUAGCUUCCUAUGAAGAUGUGAAAAGGCGACCUUGCGAUAGAUGCCUGAAGCUUUUCGACAAAACUAUGGCAUUUCCCGUCAUCCGAAACGCAAAACCUAGCACCCCUUCCGCGGAUGAGAUGGAGGAGCCAUCACGGACAUCAUCCGCUUCAGGCUCAUCCGAAUCAGCUGCACCUUCCUCUACUACUGAUGAGUCCGUGAGUGGCACAAUUACAGAUGCACCGACCUCAACCGGCUCAGAGUCUGCCGAGUCAUCCACAGAUGGGAGUGCAGCAGCUACGACAGGGGAAUCUGGGUCUCGUUCCGCAUCGGGCUCGAGACAAUCAGGCGCCUCGAGAACCUCUUCACGUUCAUCAAGGACCUCAAAUGUGGACCCUCGACUACCACCUGGAGGAAUUCAAAUGGUGACACCUGCUGUUAUUGCAGGACCACAGUAUUAUAAGAUCGGAGACCAUGUCACGUUCGCCUGGAAUUACACAUCGCUCUCAGUGACACCGAGCUAUAUCGAUGUAUUGGCUUCCUGUAGCAUAAAUUCUCAAAUGUACACCAUUACUGCCAAUCAGUCGGUGGACCCUACAGGCGCCGUCAUCUGGGACACUGGAGACUAUCAAGCCAGCGCGACAGUGCCGCUUCUGACUGAAACAUACACGCUUGUGGUGAUGGACGCCCAGUUGGAUAUCUCUGCUACUGCAAGAGCGGGUUAUCUCGGUGUCAGCGAUGAGUACACCUUUGGCAUGUAUGUGCCACAGCCAUAUACACCUCUGAAUGAGUUCAAAUGCGCUACUUGCAGUGCUGCUCUAUCUGCCCACGAGAGACAAGCCCUCGGCUUCGUGCUCGGAAUGAGCGCUAUUACGAUAUUAUCCUUCACUUGGUUUGCCGGCGGCUUUGGGGUCUUUUCAUGA